GGCAUAUAGAUAUAUAGAGAGAGUAAUAUAGUGAUGAAACUUAUAGAGAGAAAAACACGUAAACGAAUACGGUCCAAGUAAGCUGCGAAGGGUACAGGGAGGAACACGCUGCUGCAAUCUCUGCAUUCAUUCUUUUUUUUUCUGCGUUCAUAAAUUUAUUAUCCUGUUUCCGAAUUUAGUGAAGAAAAUUCUUUUGGGUUUUCGAAAAUUUUGGCAAUUUCUGUUUAUUUCCCAAAAUGUCGAGCGAGGGUGAGGCCUCUUCUUCUCGAUUUACCCUGGAAGGGAUUGAUGAUGUUGAAGAUUUUCCAUGGUGGAAUGAAGGGGAAGGGUCAUCGAUGUCGUGGGAGAGGUACAGUUAUCUCUAUGAUAUCAUGCAGAUGGGGAACCAGGCCUUUCGUGAGAACCGAUUGGAUCAGGCAAUUGAACUUUACUCAAGAGCUAACAACAUAAAGCCCAGUGAUAUUAUUAUUCUUAGCAAUCGAUGUGCUGCAUAUCUUCGGAUUAGUCAUUUUCUUAAAAAUAGACCUCCAUCUGCUUCUGAAUAUAGACCGUUAAGUGGAUUGGACCCCACAACUCAUGCUGGGCUUGCAUUGAAGGACGCUGAUAAGGUGAUGAAUCUACAAAGCAAUUCAGUAACACCUUACAUUCUGAAGGCAAAUGCACUAAUUCUGUUAGAAAAGUAUGAGGUGGCUCGGGAUGUUAUUUGGUCUGGCCUUCAUGUUGAUCCUCGUAGCUGUCCUCUUCUAAAUUUGGAGAGAUCAACCGCUAAGACGUUUUCAAGGAGAAGUCAUGUGAACCCUCAGCGUACUGAUGAUUAUGACUGCACUGUUUGUUUAAAGUUGUUGUAUGAACCUAUCACAACUCCUUGUGGACAUUCUUUCUGCAGAUCAUGCCUGUUUCAGACUAUGGACAGAGGUAAUAGAUGUCCACUUUGUCGAACGGUUCUGUUCAUUAGCCCCCGUACGUGCUCUAUAAGUGUCACAUUGAAGAACAUCAUACAGAGAAACUUUCCGGAGGAGUACGCUGAAAGGAGAUUAGAGAAUGACAGUUUGACAAACCCUGGUGUUGACUUGUUGCCUCUUUUUGUCAUGGAUGUUAUCUUACCAUGCCAGAAGUUUCAACUUAACAUUUUUGAACCACGUUACAGACUUAUGGUGAGGAGGAUAAUGGAAGGAAAUCGACGUAUGGGAAUGGUCAUAAUUGACUCGUCUACUGGUUCAAUAGCUGAUUAUGCAUGUGAAGUGGAAAUAACAGAUUGUGAGCCACUUCCAGAUGGACGUUUCUUUUUAGAGGUUGAAAGUCGCAGGAGAUGCUGCAUCAUUCGGAAUUGGGAGCAAGAUGGGUACCGCAUUGCUGAGGUUGAAUGGGUGCAGGAUAUAUAUCCAAAAGAAGGGACAGCAGAGAGAAAUGACUUAAUGGAGAUGACAAACAAGGCAGCAACUUUUGCUCGUGAGUGGAUGAAGGCAGCACAGGAAGCAGCACAAGGAGAUCGAGUAAGGCUUGCAGAACUCUUUAAAGCGGAAGGAUUAAUGCCCUCGACCCAGGAUCCUGAGCGUUUCAGUUUUUGGCUUGCAACCUUGACAAAUCGUAGACCUUCAGAAAGGUUGGAUCUCCUUCGAUUAAGAAAUACAAAAGAGAGGAUCAAUCGAGGACUGGUUUAUAUGAAGGCAGAAGAACAAGGAUGUCGACUACAAUGUUAUAAGAACCUUUAUAGGAAGUACGUUCAAGGUUGCACUCAUCUACAAAAAGUAGUUGGACCUAAAUCUAUCCCGAACAAACCUUUACGCCCAACGAUCAAAGACGCACAAUUGUUGUAUUUGUUACUAGGUCGGGAUGUCCAUGCUCUUGGAAAUCUCUUUGCGUAUGGAGGUCGAGGCCUCACAUUUGCAUUCUGUUUUCUUCCAUGCCUAUUUCACCAAAACUGUCUCCUCCCCCUCCAUCACGACCGGCCUAACACUGAUACCAUGGGAGGAGAAGCACGUUGGGGGUGGCGAAAACUCGAUUCUAUUCCCUUUAUAGGUCUCUGUUCUCUCAUUCUUGCUUCUCUGUGUUUUGAUGUAGCACUAGGCAUUAAGUCUUCUUCUUAUACGCCUGCUGAUAAUUAUCUGAUCAAUUGUGGUGCACCAGACAGUACGUUGCUCGAUGAUGGUCGAACCUUCAAGUCUGACCCUCAAUCUGCUUCUUACCUCUCCACAGACGAAAAUAUUCUUACUUCUAUUACCUCGUUACCGAAAAAUGUCUCCCCUUCUUCCUCGUCGUCCUCUUCUUCUUCCUCGUCCUUUCUUUUGUAUCUCACGGCGAGGAUUUUUAAUCAUGAAUCAAUGUACAGAUUUCUCGUCUUUCGCCCUGGCCGGCAUUGGCUAAGACUGUAUUUCUAUCCUCUCCCUCACUCCACCUACAGUUUAACUUCUGCUACAUUUACUGUCACCACAGACAAUAUUGUUCUUUUGCAUGGUUUUUCUGUGAAGGAUAGUACUAAAAGCGUAUUCAAAGAGUACCUAAUCAACAUUACAUCAGAUAAAUUCACCCUCAAGUUUUCGCCAAUGAAGAAUUCUUUCGCGUUCAUUAAUGCGAUUGAGCUCGUCUCAGCACCUGAUGAUCUUGUUACUGAUUCGGCAUCUGCGGUUUUUCCUGUGGGGGACUUCAAUGGCUUAGAUGAUCAUGCAUUUGAAGUUUCUUAUAGGCUUAAUGUCGGAGGGCCAAUCAUUACUCCUAAAAAUGACACACUGUGGAGGACAUGGCUUCCUGAUGGUCAAUUUAUGAUUUUCCCACAUGGGGCUAAAAAUGUCUCAGUUCCACCAGAUAUAAUAAAAUAUCCAGACGGUGGCGCCACCCCUUUGACGGCCCCACACUGGGUGUACGCAACGGCUGAUCAAAUGGCAGAGUCAGGUGUUUCGAAUCCAAAUUUCAACCUCACGUGGGAGAUGAAUGUGGAUCCCACCUUCUCUUAUUUGAUAAGAUUGCAUUUUUGUGAUAUUGUGAGCAAGGUCCUUAAUGAGCUUUACUUCAAUGUCUAUGUCAAUGGAAUGCUUGGAGUUUCAAGUCUUGAUCUCUCUACACUCACUUCAGGUCUAGGCAUUCCUUAUUACAAAGAUUUUGUAAUCAAUGCCUCAGCAAUUUCCAAUGGUUCUGUCAUCAUUCAGGUGGGCCCCAGCUCAACUUCUCGGUCUAGUUUCCCGAAUGCAAUCUUAAAUGGUGUCGAGGUGAUGAAGAUGAGCAACUCAGCAGGGAGUUUGGAUGGACUCUUCUCUUCUGACGGUACUUACAGGGGUCGACACUCUAGGCCUACUCUUAAAAUGAAAAUUGCUGUUGGUUUUGUUAUAGCAUUAGGGGUAACAGCGAUAGCGUUGCUGUUAUUAGGCGUUUUGCGACGACUGAGGAGUCCUAAAGGUUAUGAGAAACAGAAAACCUUCUCAUCAUGGCUUCUUCCACUUAAUGCCAGCCAUUGUAGUUUCUUAUCCAGCAAGAGCAAGAGCAGCAGGAGUACUACUUUUCCGAGUUUUGUAUCUUCAGGGCUCAAUCUUGGCCAGUUCUUCACUCUCAAUGAACUACACGAAGCAACAAAAUCUUUCGAUGAACAAGCAGUCAUUGGGGUGGGUGGUUUUGGAAAGGUCUAUCUUGGCGAGUCGGAGGAUGGGACGAAGCUUGCCAUAAAACGAGGUAAUCCAUCAUCAUCUCAAGGCAUCAAUGAAUUCCAAACGGAAAUCCAAAUGCUUUCCAAGCUCAGGCAUCGCCACCUCGUUUCACUCAUUGGAUACUGCGACGAGCAAUCAGAAAUGAUCCUCGUCUAUGAGUAUAUGGCAUAUGGUCCACUACGCGAUCACCUUUACGGUUCAAGCUUGCCUCAUUUAUCGUGGAGGCAAAGACUCGAGAUUUGCAUUGGUGCAGCACGUGGGCUGCACUACCUGCACACCGGUUCUGCACAAGGGAUAAUUCAUCGUGACGUGAAAACCACCAACAUUCUCUUGGAUGAAAACUUUGGAGCCAAAGUUUCUGAUUUCGGUUUGUCUAAAGCUGGACCGGCUUCUUUAGAUCAAACGCAUGUUAGCACAGCUGUUAAGGGCAGUUUCGGAUAUCUUGAUCCCGAGUACUUCAGAAGACAACAACUGACAGAAAAAUCUGAUGUUUACUCAUUUGGGGUAGUUCUUUUUGAGGUUUUAUGUGCACGGCCAGCUCUUGAUCCUGCCCUUCCAAGAGAACAGGUAAAUUUAGCUGAAUGGGCUAUGAAACAGCACAGAAAAGGCCUGCUCGAAUCGAUUAUUGAUCCCAAUAUUGUUGGAACCAUAACACCAGAAUCAUUGAGGAAAUAUGUGGAGGCUGCAGAAAAAUGCUUGGCAGAAUACGGGGUCGACCGGCCUUCCAUGGGAGACGUACUAUGGAAUUUAGAGUAUGCCCUACAACUUCAGGGAACGUCCCCUACAAAUUUUGAUCCUGCUGAUAAUACAGAAGCAAAAGUUGCUAAUAUGGACCAGCUCUGUAGAAAGGACUCAGAAAAACAGCUAAUAGUUGAUAGCAGUGAUGACUCUGGAUUGGCUGUGGGAUCUCCUAUUUUUGCAGAAAAAUUUCAAGGAAGAUGAAGAUUUUGCCCGGAGAAGAGAACUGGCAUUUGUACAAGUUUAUUGACACCAUUUUCAUGUUUAUGUAUUUGUUUAUGGCGUGUUUAGUCGAGAGGAUUGGAUAGAACUCGCUUUAAGGAAGAAAAAUAUAUUAAUUCAGUAAUUGUGUAUCGAGC